AUGCUCUUGACCCACCGCUGGUCCAACCCCAUGCUGAAGCCUGAUUUUGAGUCGGGCGUGAGGCUAGGUAUCGGAACGUUUAACUUAUUACUUUCCGCACUGCCAAGUCGUGUGCUGAAGUUACUCGAGUUCGUCGGAUUUCAAGGUGACCGAAAGUUCGGUCUUCAACAACUUCAUAUGACGGUGAAGAUGAGAGGGUCACUUCGGCACCCUCUGGCAAUCCUCGUAUGUCUUGCUUGGAACCUGAUAUUCAACGCCGUUCUCGGUCUCGGCGAUGUCAAUCUUCAGGAAUGUAGCAAUCUGCUCCGAAUGCUGCUCACCGACUUUCCGACUAGUUCUCUUGGUCUCUUUUUUGCUGGAAAGUACGCCGAAGCUAAAGGUGACAUUCAUCAGGCUUUCGAUAUGUUCAGCAAGUCGAUUCAAAAUCAGUCGGAAUGGCGGCCGUUUCAUCAUCCAUGUUUCUGGGAGCUGAUGUUUUGCCACGCAUUCAGCGGUCAGUGGGAAGAGGCGGCAAAAUACGCGAAUCUGCUGUUUGUCGAAAACCGCUGGUCGAAAUCGUCCUACGCGUACUUGACCGCUUGCUUUCUGUUGGCCCACGAGGCGACCGGUUCAUCAACCGUCAGCAUCCGUGAAAAGAUCACACAGUUGAUGAAGUAG